CUGCGCUGCCGAAAGCCCCCGCCGCGCUCCUCUGCGAAGACGUCGCUGCGGGCGGCUGUGGCGGUGGAGGCGGCCAAGAUGUCGACCAAGAAUUUCCGAGUCAGUGACGGGGACUGGAUUUGCCCUGACAAGAAGUGUGGAAACGUAAACUUUGCCAGAAGAACCAGCUGUAAUCGAUGUGGUCGAGAGAAAACAACUGAGGCCAAGAUGAUGAAAGCCGGGGGUACUGAAAUAGGAAAGACUCUGGCAGAAAAGAGCAGAGGCCUGUUUAGUGCCAAUGACUGGCAGUGUAAGACUUGCAGUAAUGUGAAUUGGGCCAGAAGAUCUGAGUGUAACAUGUGCAACACUCCAAAGUAUGCUAAAUUAGAAGAAAGAACAGGAUAUGGUGGUGGUUUCAAUGAAAGAGAAAAUGUUGAAUAUAUAGAAAGAGAAGAAUCUGAUGGAGAAUAUGAUGAGUUUGGGCGUAAAAAGAAAAAGUACCGAGGGAAGGCAGUUGGACCUGCGUCUAUAUUAAAGGAAGUUGAUGAUAAGGAGUCAGAGGGAGAAGAAGAGGAUGAGGAUGCUGAUCUUUCUAAAUAUAAAUUAGAUGAGGAUGAGGAUGAAGAUGAUGCUGACCUCUCAAAAUAUAAUCUUGAUGCCAGUGAAGAAGAAGAUAGUAAUAAAAAGAAAUCUAAUAGAAGAAGUCGCUCAAAGUCUCGGUCUUCACGAUCUUCAUCGCGCUCGUCCUCCCCCUCCAGUUCAAGGUCCAGGUCCAGGUCCCGUUCAAGAAGUUCUUCCAGUUCGCAGUCAAGAUCUCGUUCCAGUUCCAGAGAACGUUCGAGAUCUCGUGGGUCGAAAUCAAGAUCCAGCUCCAGGUCCCACAGGGGCUCUUCUUCCCCACGAAAAAGAUCUUACUCAAGUUCGUCAUCUUCUCCUGAGAGGAACAGAAAGAGAAGUCGUUCUAGAUCUUCUUCUCCUGGUGAUCGAAAAAAAAGACGAACAAGAUCACGGUCACCCGAAAGGCACCUCAGGUGGUCUUCUGGAUCGUCCCGCUCUGGUUCCCGCUCAAGUUCAAAAAAGAAAUAAUACAUUAAAAUUUACAUCCUAAAGUCAUCCAGUACAGUGCAUGAAACAGUUUUUAAGAAGUUGAUGUCUUAUUUGGUCAGAAGUGCUAAAUCUGCUAGGAGAGGUGCAUGCCUUUAUUGUUUUUCAAAAUAAUGCAAUGUGUUCAUUUGUGAAAUUAAAAGUAAAUUGCGUUUUAAGCCAUAAUGCCCCCAAAUAAAAGGUUUUGGGUUUGUUUUUUUUUUUU